AAUAACAAAAGCCUCAACUGACGCGGAGCUCUUACCCACGCAAAUGGACUCCACUGGCGCAGAGCAACUGGCCUAGGGUUUAGCCAAUGUCCUCCACGAAUCUACCAUAUUCAGGCGGUGGAGGAGGUGGGAGCGGGGUCCGGCCAUGGCCGUCGGCCACAUCCGUGUCAUCUUCAGGGAAGAGGAUUCAGAAAGAAAUGAUGGAGCUGAACGCCGAUCCACCGUCGGAUUGCUCCGCUGGCCCUAAAGGCGACAAUCUGUACCACUGGAUCUCCACAAUCAUUGGCCCUACUGGAUCACCAUAUGAAGGUGGAAUAUUUUUUCUUGACAUUACUUUUCCGUAUGAUUAUCCAUUCAAACCUCCCAAGGUGAUGUUUAAAACGCGAAUAUAUCACUGUAACGUUGAUUCAGGUGGCAACGUGAGUUUGGAUAUACUGAAGGAUAGUUGGAGCCCUGCUCUGACAAUUUCGAAGGUGCUGCUGGCCAUCAAAUCAAUUUUCACCAACCCUGAUCCUUAUAACCCACAGGUUUCCAGCAUUGCUCGCUUGUACUUAACUGAUAGAGCGAAACAUGAUCAAAUAGCUGCGGAGUUUACCAUGCGUUUUGCCCGAUAACUCUCCAUUGAUGAAGUCUACUGUGGGACUGUGGCUUGAGUGGCUUUUAAAUAAUGUGCUUUGGCUUCAGUAAAAUUCUUUUCUCACAAAUGGUAUUGAUUUGCAAAUUUUUUUUUUGUGGUUAAAUUUUGCUUAAUUUCUUUUGCAAUAAUAGUAUUAUUUCUGUAUAUGGUGGAUGUUUUGCAGUUGUCCCUUGUGCUUUAAAUUAAUUUGCAGUUUACUCCCUCCCAUAAAUCAAAA